AUGACGAAUCACACAUCCACAUCCUCAACUCGCGCAUCGACAGGGACAGCUACGCUCCCCAUUUCGAGUACACCCACAAACACAAGCGCAAGCGCAAGCACAAGCACAAGCAGCAAUUCAACUCAACCCCCAACUUCCACCGCACAAUCACAGUCCGGGAACGGACUAUCCAGCUCGCAGAUCGGCGGGAUCGUCGGGGGUGUCGUCGCCGCGGCGGUGCUAGGCGGGCUCAUCGCGUUCAUCUUCUGGUUCCGACGGCGGCGUCGACGCCUUGCAGACGCCCAGCAGGCGGGGGAUCAACAACCGCGGCGGCGGGAUGGUGAGGACGCUGAUGGUGGUGCUGGUGCUGGUGGCACAGCUUCUACUGUGGGGUCGGCGAUGCGUGAAGAUGAGCAUGAUACUGUGGGGAAGGAUGCUGCGAUAGAGAUGGACGAAAAGGAGAUUCCCAUGCUGGGUGGGCGGAUGAGGCAGGAGAUGGAUGCACAGGGGGGAGCGGCGGUGCAUGAGUUGGGGGAUUCGAUGGGGGGGAGCAAGGUUCUUGGGGUGGGAAAGCUGUCGGAGCUGCCUGGGUCUAUGGGGAGGAUGGCCGAGUUGCCCGGUUCGGAAGUGGAUUUCAAGCGAUGA